CCCCACUUCUCCCUCCCGAUCUCUCAAAUCGACAAAAUCCCCGAACUCCUUUCCAGCCUCUCCCCCGCCCCCUCCCCACCCACCCGCCCCCGCGCGCGAGAUCACGCGCCCCAGCACCGCGACCACCGGCGCCGCCGCGGCGUCCGGAGCAGGCGGCCAGCGUCGUCACGCAGCGUAGGCUCGGCUCGCCGGGGCGGGCAAGAUGAGCGGGCACGACUCGAAGUACUUCUCCACCACCAAGAAGGGGGAGAUCCCCGAACUCAAGGAGGAGCUCAACUCCCAGUACAAGGACAAGAGAAAGGAUGCUGUUAAGAAAGUGAUUGCUGCUAUGACAGUUGGAAAAGAUGUCUCAUCAUUGUUCACUGAUGUCGUGAACUGCAUGCAGACUGAGAACUUGGAGCUCAAGAAACUAGUAUAUUUGUAUCUCAUCAACUAUGCUAAAAGUCAACCUGAUCUUGCCAUACUUGCUGUGAACACAUUUGUUAAGGACUCGCAAGACCCAAAUCCAUUGAUUCGUGCUUUGGCUGUUCGGACAAUGGGCUGUAUCCGUGUGGACAAAAUCACAGAGUAUCUCUGUGAUCCACUUCAAAGAUGCCUCAAGGAUGACGAUCCUUAUGUGCGGAAGACUGCAGCUAUUUGUGUUGCUAAGCUUUAUGAUAUAAACGCUGAGCUAGUGGAGGACAGAGGAUUUCUAGAGGCCCUGAAGGAUUUAAUAUCUGAUAAUAAUCCUAUGGUUGUUGCAAAUGCUGUUGCUGCUCUGGCAGAGAUUCAAGACAGUAGUGUUCGGCCAGUCUUUGAAAUUACCAGUCAUACACUGUCAAAGCUUCUGACAGCUCUGAAUGAAUGCACGGAGUGGGGCCAAGUCUUCAUUUUGGAUUCUUUGUCAAGAUACAAAGCAGCAGAUGCCAGGGAAGCAGAAAACAUAGUGGAGCGAGUUACGCCCCGUCUCCAACAUGCAAAUUGUGCAGUUGUUCUUUCUGCUGUCAAGAUAAUCCUUCUACAAAUGGAGCUCAUUACAAGCACAGAUGUAGUCAGGAAUCUCUGUAAGAAAAUGGCACCUCCUCUUGUUACUCUUCUAUCAGCGGAGCCUGAAAUUCAGUAUGUGGCCUUGAGGAACAUUAAUUUGAUAGUUCAAAAGAGGCCUACAAUACUUGCUCAUGAGAUUAAGGUCUUCUUUUGCAAGUACAAUGACCCUAUAUAUGUUAAGAUGGAAAAGCUGGAGAUUAUGAUAAAGCUUGCCUCAGAUCGAAACAUAGAUCAGGUGCUCUUGGAGUUCAAGGAGUACGCCACAGAGGUUGAUGUUGACUUUGUGCGGAAAGCUGUUCGUGCUAUUGGGAGAUGUGCAAUUAAAUUGGAGCGAGCUGCUGAAAGGUGCAUCAGUGUUUUGCUUGAGCUGAUUAAGAUAAAAGUUAACUAUGUUGUUCAGGAAGCUAUAAUUGUUAUCAAAGACAUCUUCAGACGUUACCCUAACACGUAUGAGUCUAUCAUCGCGACACUUUGUGAAAGUCUGGACACUUUAGAUGAACCAGAGGCCAAGGCAUCAAUGAUUUGGAUAAUUGGAGAAUAUGCUGAAAGAAUUGACAAUGCCGAUGAACUUCUUGAGAGCUUCUUGGAAACAUUCCCUGAAGAACCGGCAUUGGUUCAACUGCAGCUGCUAACUGCUACUGUUAAGUUGUUUCUUAAGAAGCCAACUGAGGGGCCACAACAGAUGAUACAGGCUGUUCUCAAUAAUGCAACAGUUGAAACAGACAAUCCUGAUUUGAGGGAUCGAGCUUACAUAUACUGGCGACUUCUCUCUACUGAUCCUGAGGCUGCAAAAGAUGUUGUUUUGGCGGAGAAACCUGUGAUUAGUGAUGACUCCAACCAGCUUGACUCAUCACUUCUUGAUGAGCUGCUAGCAAACAUUUCUACCCUUUCAUCAGUUUAUCACAAGCCCCCAGAAUCAUUUGUCAGCCGUGUCAAGGCAGCACCUAGGGCGGAUGAUGAGGAGUUUGCUGAUACAGCUGAAACAGGGUAUUCAGAGUCACCAUCACAGGGGGUUGAUGGGGCAUCACCUUCCUCAAGUGUUGGUACUUCUUCUAAUGUACCUGUGAAACAACCGGCAGCUGGAUCCCCACCUGCUCCUGCUGCAAUGCCAGACCUCUUAGGUGAUCUUAUGGGCAUGGAUAAUGCUAUUGUCCCUGUCGAUGAACCUGCACCUUCCAGCCCUCCGCUACCUGUCUUGUUGCCUUCGACUACUGGCCAAGGGUUGCAGAUUAGUGCACAACUAACACGGCGUGAUGGCCAGAUAUAUUAUGAUAUAUCUUUCGAGAAUGGAACCCAGGGUGUCCUAGAUGGAUUUAUGAUUCAGUUUAACAAGAACACAUUUGGUCUUGCUGCUGGCGAAGCACUUAAGGUUCCUCCACUGCAACCGGGGACAUCAGCAAGGACACUUCUACAAAUGGUGCCGUUCCAGAAUAUCUCCCCUGGUGCACCAAACUCGCUACUACAGGUUGCCGUGAAAAAUAACCAGCAGCCAGUGUGGUACUUCAAUGACAAAAUUCCGCUGCAUGUUUUCUUCGUCGAAGAUGGAAAGAUGGAGCGAGCCAGUUUUCUCGAGGCCUGGAAAUCUUUACCUGAUGACCAUGAGUUUACAAAAGAAUUACCUGGCUCUGUCAUCAGCAGCAUAGAUGCAACUGUCGAGCGCCUCGCAGCAUCAAAUGUGUUCUUUAUAGCCAAGCGGAAAAAUGGAAACAUGGAUGUUCUGUAUCUAUCAGCCAAGAUGCCCCGUGGAAUCCCCUUCCUUAUAGAGAUUACAGCCGCGGUGGGUGUUCCUGGUGUAAAGUGUGCAGUCAAAACGCCAAACAAGGAGAUGGUCCCUCUCUUCUUUGAGGCUAUGGAGGUUCUUACCAAGUGAGGACAGUGUUAAUUGAUCAGUGUGUCUACAAAAAUCUUGAUCAGUUGAUGAGCUGCUAUAGGCCUUUGGAUGCGGGAAUUUUUUUCACGGAAGCUGGUGUGAAAUGUAUUUGUUGUUUUUGUAUUAGAUUACAGUAUUCAAACCGCUAGUUUCCUGGUUCCACAGUUUUUCCCCAGAAAUACUGGAGAUGUUCCUGUCUCAGCAUGAUUUGUAUAUUUGCCCAUUUGGGCUCGGAACCUUUUUCUUCUUGUUAUGCAUAGCAUAUGAAAUAUGACUAGUUUUCAACA